AUGAAUGGACGAUGUUCUUUUCUGACAGCUGAACCAUAAACCGCGAAGUUUGUCGAGCAGCCAGCUAAAACACCUGACCUCCCAGCUCGAUCUGCAACGCCUUUGGAAGACUUACCUGCAGCCCAUGCUGGUCGAGAGGUAUUCGGGCAGUCCCGGGAACGUCAAAGUCCGACAGUUCAUCGUGGACAGGCUGAGGGCCCUGGAAGCUCCUUGGCGGGUGGAACUGGAUGGUUUUGAGGACCAGACCCCACAUGGCACGGUCAGCUUUGCCAACGUGGUGGCCACGCUGGACCCCGCGGCCACCUGGCGCCUGGUGUUCGCCUGCCACUACGACUCAAAGUAUUUCCCCCGAGACCAGCACGGACGGGCCUUCGUGGGGGCCACGGACUCGGCCGUGCCCUGCUCCAUCCUGCUGGAGCUGGUGACCGCGCUGGACAAAUCACUGCUGAAGGCCCGAGGGCAGGCUUCGGAAAUAACGCUGCAGCUGCUCUUUUUUGAUGGGGAAGAAGCUUUCCGGGAGUGGAGUGAGACUGAUUCCCUCUAUGGGGCCCGUCACCUAGCUGAGCACAUGGGGCGGGCCCCACAUCAACAGGGCCUCACUCAGCUCCAGGCCAUAUCUCUCUUUGUUUUGCUGGACCUGCUGGGCGCCCCCCGGCCAACCAUCCAAAACCACUUCUCUGCGACCGCCGGUUGGUUCGAAAGGCUGAUUGGCAUUGAAAAGCGGCUGCACCAGCUUGGACUUCUCCGGUCCCAUUCUCAGGAACAGCUGUAUUUCCAGAGAGAUUCCCCCUACAGCUCCAUCGAAGAUGAUCACGCACCCUUCCUCAAGAAAGGCGUUCCAGUCCUCCACCUCAUUGCCACCCCGUUUCCCAGGGUCUGGCAUACCCUGGAGGACACAGAAGCAAACCUGCACCCGCCCACCGUCGAGAACCUGAGUAAGAUCCUCGCUGCGUUCCUGGCAGAAUAUCUGCGGCUCUAGGGCGGGCGAGGUUCUCCGCACGGGGAAGCUCCUUUUGGUCCUACCGGACGUGGAACGGCUGUGGACGUGCCUGGAAUGAAAACGUUGGGCCUGGUUUUCUGGAGAGGAGGGCGGUGGUCCAAGAUCCAAAGGGGAUCGCGACAUCCUGGAAGGCGGUCGGUAAGAUGGAAGACGUGCGCAUUCUCCGUGGACCUCGGAAGUGGUGCUUGAUCCACCCCGAAGGCUGUUUGGUGUGUCUGGGUCUCCCACGGAUGGGAACUGCGAGGCCAAAGUGGUUGAGGGAGAAGAGGAUGACCUUCUUUCCUGCCGCUGGGGUGGGUGGGGUGGGGUGGGGUGGGGUAUUUUAAAAGAACAAAAUUACCAAAGAUCUGGGGAAGGGUGGAUUUCUUCUGCUCUUCGAAAGAGCGGUUCGGCAUAGUCAAGAAUCGGUCUUUCCCGUCUGCUUUUUAAAAACCAGAUUCUCUCCUGAGCCAUUGGGAAACCAAUCGCGGCUUAACUUGUAGCCUAGAAAAGGGUCCAGCUCUUGAUCCCCUGGAUCUUAAGGUGCAAUGGUGACCUUGCAGGAAUGGCCAGUAGUCCUUUUCCUAUCUUGUCCCAAGCAAAGCGGGUCUCAAAAAAAAAAAGAGGAUUGCUUUUAUCUCACAGACACUGCGAGAUGCGCUUUCCUUCAACUCUGAAAGGAUCCUCACAAUUGUGAGGUGGUUUAAACAUGUAGGAGUCUGUGCUAGUAGAGUAAGAUCCCAUUUGUGAACGUUUCCUAUUGGAAGCACCUUGCAAGUAGAAAGCUAGCGCACCAGGGAUUUUUUGACAUUAGCCCUUUUCUUGCCAUGCAAGCUUUCUGCCUUAGGAGACAAAUUUAUGUGGGUUUUUUUCUUUUUCUUUCCAAGUAACAUUCCUGCUUUCAUGUGAUCUGCUGUGGUAUAACCUGUUUUUCCACUCUGGGACUUUAUGAACACAUUCCUGCCUGCCUGCCACUUCAUAUGUAUUGAUUUAGGCCCCUCGUUUCCUUUUGGAGGGAAAAAAAACCCUUCCAAUAAAAGUUCCCUCUAUUUU